UUAAAUUUAAAAACAGUAAAAAGAAUUGAAUGUCAAAAAAUUCGCAUGCCUUGCUCACUAUUUGAAAGAUGAUAUAAUAUUUCUAUUUAUAUUCCAUGUAACAAUCAAAUUAAACUUCUCAAAAGCGUUUUGAAAAUUUUAACAAUAAUCAUAUCAUAACUCCAUCAAAUGGCUCUUCAUUGGCAAAUGAUAUACCCUCACCUCACCCUUAAAUUUUACUCAUUCGUCUCGAUAUGCUAAAAAAUAGCGAGAGCCCGGGUCAACCUCCGAUACGAGUUGCCAAAAACGAUUUGAUGUCUCCCAUACCGGGUACAAAGAGCAACACUGGGACAGCGCGUUUGGAUCAUCGAGGCUUCCCCAACGAAUAUGAAUCCUUCGGGUUCAGCCUGUUCGACUCCUCUGCCUUUUUGGCCCCUCCGCCUGCUCUCCUUUACGAGGGUACCGAUGUAAUGGCCGACGCUGCCACAGUUGCCUAUAAAAAUUGUUACCCCCGCGGCGUUUUAUCUUUCACUUCCUCUCAUCUCGCGACUUCAGAAACUGACGAUGCUGCUUGCUCCUCCACUACUGGGGACUCUGCUGAUACUCGUAGACGCUUUUAUCAUCUGCCCAUCCGCGGCCCAGACAAAUCGUUAUCGCUUGCGGCCUCUGAACGCCGCAAAGAUCGAACUGGAAAGGCAAAUAACAUCUCUGACCUAACCCCAGAUAGCACGGGUAUAGGCGCUGUCGGGGAUCUUAAUUCCGACAGCCCUGCAGGCCUAAGGCACGCAAAUCGUGACGACGGUCGUCUUGCUCAUCAUUUUCUCUCCUCAUUUAUGUCGACUUCUAACGCCGCUCGAUACCCUUUGAUGGCAUACACCUCACCUCUCGAAUUUAAUAACGUGGAGUCGUCCCCCGCAUCGGCAUCGGCUUUACCCUUGUUAAACAAUGAUAACCGAGGUAUGGUGCUAUCUCCUCUCACUUCGACAGCAGCCUUGAUUAAUUAUCACCAUUUUCAGAAGAAUCAAAGCCGGUCUUUCGUUCUGCACCAUCAUUUCGGAGAUCAACGAGACCAGGCUCAUAAUAAAAAAAACUCUCCUCUGGACGCUCGGUGGGAUGUAAUCGUAAAAAGCGAAUCUGAGGAACAGGAAUUUUCCGAGGAUAGAUUGCCUUGUUUCCUCAAAUCUAGCAAAAAAUUAUCAAACCAAAACGUUUAUACGAAUUAUUCGUCUAUUAAAAAGGAAGAAACUACUUCUAACGGCAUUCACAUUACCGGUAAUAAGAUAGAACAUAAUGUUCAAAAUAAAAAGCGAUCGAGACUUCACGAACCUGACCAUUUCGAACCUUUGGGUGGAGACGGGGAUCUCGAUUUGGAUUCUGAACAUCUAAACUUUUCACGUCACGUCUCUCACCAACGCGACAACGAUAUCAGAAGCGUAGGGGCGAGUAUUGGCAAUAAUUUAGACCCCAACAACUCCUUCCCAUUUUUCAUGAAAAAUUCCUCCUUCUUUCCUUGUUCCGCUCAAAAUUCUUUCUCCAACGACGUCAACGAUAAAUACAAUGGCGUUGACUCUCGCAACCAAGAGACUCUCUCCAAAAGAACGGGCGAAACUACAUCUAAUGGAUCUAACCCUUCCUGGUCAAUUCGCGUCCCUCGAUCUAGCCCCGUAACCUCUUAUGAUGCAUAUGAUUACUCGCCUUUAAGUCACCUGUCUGGCACAAAUGUCAAUCUACCUACCGAUCACGUCACUCUGACAGCAGAUACUGAAGAAAUUCCCGCUUCCUCCUUCAAACACGGUAUCAGCCGAGGUCCUUCCUCGAUAAGUAAAAAGCCGACUACUCAAAACGUGUGUGGCAACCAUCCACGUCAUAAACUGGCACCUACCCCUUCUUCCGGAAGUGGCCUCGGAUCGACUACUUGCCUUACGCUCCACGAUGACUACAACGCUAUAUCUCCUGUCUCACCCUAUUCCUCUCACGCUUCGAUCGCUCCUUCCAUUCUCGCCGAUAAUGAGGCGCCACCACUCAAAACACCCCACCCUGCUAACCCUACCCCCUCCCCUCCAUACCCGCCUUUUCACCCCCUUAGUAACUCCAAGCACUUAUGUGCCAUUUGCGGUGACAAGGCCUCCGGCAAACAUUAUGGUGUUUAUAGUUGCGAAGGCUGCAAAGGUUUUUUCAAGAGAACGGUUAGGAAGGAAUUAACAUACGCAUGUCGUGAAAACCAAAGUUGCGUAAUCGACAAAAGACAAAGAAAUCGAUGCCAAUUUUGUCGUUAUCAAAAAUGCUUAGUAAUGGGAAUGAAAAGAGAAGCGGUUCAAGAAGAACGAAAGAAAAACGACAGCGAAGUUGAGCCUAGUAGCUCAGCCCACAACGAUAUGCCUAUUGAGCAGAUUUUGGAAGCCGAACUUAGGGUUGACAAUUGUGGCGAUUCGUUUGUUGAUGCUCAAAAAGAUGCAGUGACAAAUAUAUGCCAAGCUGCUGAUAAACAAUUGUUCUGUUUAGUCGAAUGGGCCAAAUAUAUACCGCAUUUUAUGGAGUUACCCAUCGAAGACCAAGUCAAAUUAUUGAGAGUUGGUAAGCCAUCUUUUUUUGUCAGCAAUGCACCCCCUCCCCCCAGCUUAAUAAAAUUUUAACACCUUGAGGUAGCUAAAUAUUAAUGCCAGAAAAUAUUUGUAUAUCUAAUUUA